CCUUCUUCAAUAUUCUUCAUGGAGGACUCGGAGGAAUUCAAAAGGAUACGACAGAAUUACUUUUUCUCAUAAUACUCUUUGGUUUGUGGUCCCUAAUUUUGGAUCCUGGUUGUGAAGUGUACUUUUGGCUUAGUGUUUUAACUGUAUAAAUCAGAAUUUUGACAGGUAACUGUUGAGUGUUUGGUUUAACUUUCCCCCUCUCUCUGAUCAUUUAUAGUUUUAAUAAUUAAAUGAUUUUAUGGUUGGUCUUUCAUCGUCUUUUUAUUUGGUUUGAUGCGUUUUCCGAAAUAAAAGGAAAGAAAAAGAAAGUUUGCAAUCUGUAAAACAAUGACUAUAUGGAAAUUGUCUCCAAGCACUGUGGAAUAAUGAUACAAUGACACUGUGUCAUCACAUUCAAAGCGAUUGUUGCAAUCUCAAGUGCUCUCACAGAGUGUUAUUCUGCACUCUGAUUACGUGAGAUAAUCGCAUUCGUAAAAGGAAGAAAAAGCCUGGAAAGAGGAAAAGAAAGUACAUAUGUACAUAUUACAUCACGCGAGGCUGCAGAAUCCGAUUUAACCAUUUAUACGGCAAUAUUGCUGAUUCACAACUGCAGCUGAUUCAACCAACAAAUAGAUUGACCCGUUCGUAUCUCUCUUUCUCACUCUCUUCCUCAAUUUUUCCUUCCUCUUCCUUACUUUAUCGUCUCCCACCAAGCUCAACCUGUUCGACUCGGCUCCACUCGACUCGCUCCGACUCGGCCUUUUGCACCAAAGGCCACGCGUGAUGCGUGAUAGUUUAACCGUCGCGCCAGGACGGUGCAGCUGAUACGUAUACUUGGACUUCGAAAUGGCACCAGCAAUCAGCAAAUUCGCCACAAAACGUACGUUAGCUGGUGCGGUUGCGAUCAGCACGCUUAUUUGGAUACUGAGGAACCGCAGCAGAAGACGGACGCCAAAGUCCAGGAACCAGUGGCCGGUCAGCAAUGACAUUCAAUAUGUCAUCAAGGAGGAGAAACCAAAGGGUCCCAAGGCACAGGUGAAUGCUAUCUUUUUCCGCAGGCUGUGUCAAUUACUCAAGAUCGGUAUCCCUGGUAUACUAACACCAGAAUUCGGCUAUGUAAUAUUGGUUGCGAUGUCCUUGAUUGCUAGAACUCUGUGUGACUUGUGGUUGAUCAACAAGGGAACUCUGAUUGAAACAUCAAUUGUCAGCAUGAACGGACCAUUGUUUAGGAAACAUUUGUUAAAUUUCGCCGUUGUCAUACCAGUGAUAUCGAUCGUGAACAAUAUAAUGAAGUAUGGCAUAAGUGAAGUAAAAUUGAGAUUACGUACAAAUAUUACACGUUACUUGCUGGAACAUUAUCUUAAGGGCUUCACCUAUUACAAAAUGAGUAAUUUGGAUACUCGUAUCGCGAAUCCAGAUCAAUUGUUGACUACAGACAUUGAUAAGUUUUGUGAUAGUUGUACAGAUCUUUAUAGCAACAUGGCAAAGCCUAUAUUAGACAUUAGCAUCUAUGUAUACAAAUUAACUUCUACUCUUGGAGGACAGACGCCAUCAUUAAUAUUGGCCUACCUCGUAAUAUCUGGUACUUUGUUGACUCAUCUUCGCAAACCGGUCGGAGCAAUGACUGUCAAAGAACAACGACUGGAAGGGGAAUAUCGUCACAUCAAUUCAAGAUUGAUUACCAAUUCGGAGGAAAUAGCCUUCUAUGGAGGAAAUAAUAGAGAAAAAUUAACAAUGUUAACUAGUUUUCAUAAACUUGUGACUCACCUUCGUAAAUUCCUCGAAUUCAGGGUUUUCAUGGGCAUCAUAGAUAACUUCGUUGCAAAAUAUUUUGCUACCAUUGUCGGCUUCUAUGCGGUGAGCGUGCCCUUCUUCCAGAAAGAUCAUCCCAUACUCUCUGGUACGGCGAAUCAUAGAUUCAAAUCGUAUUACACAUAUGGCCGAAUGCUGGUGAAGUUGGCAGAGGCGAUCGGCCGAUUGGUGUUGGCCGGCAGAGAACUGACACGUCUGGCGGGAUUCACGGCUCGGGUCACCGAGAUCAAGAACGUCCUUGACGACCUGAACGCCGGAAAAUACGAGAGAACGAUGGUCUCCGAUUUCAAGAACAAUGCGAUCGGUUAUCCCGGUGGCGGCAAGAUUAUGCAUCGCGAUAACAUCAUACGAUUUGAUCAAGUACCACUGGUGACUCCAAAUGGAGACUUACUUAUCAAGGAACUGUCCUUUGAAGUAAAAUCCGGCGUGAAUGUGCUGGUUUGCGGUCCGAACGGUUGCGGCAAGAGCUCCAUGUUUAGGAUUCUUGGCGAACUGUGGCCGGUUUGGGCAGGAUGUAUUACGAAACCGCCGCGCGGUAAACUAUUCUACAUACCGCAACGUCCUUAUAUGACGCUGGGCACAUUGAGAGACCAGAUCAUCUAUCCUCACACAAAAGCCGAGAUGAAGAGACGCGGUAACGCUAACGACGAAGAUCUUAAAAAAUUCUUGCAACUGGUGCAAUUAACUCAUCUCCUGGAAAGAGAAAAUCUCGCCAACAGUGAAGGACAAGCUUGGGACGCGGUGGCCGAUUGGAUGGAUGUUUUAUCGGGUGGCGAGAAACAACGUAUAGCAAUGGCUCGGUUAUUCUAUCAUAAACCACAAUUUGCGAUUCUGGACGAAUGCACAAGCGCCGUCAGUGUCGAUGUUGAGGAUUCCAUGUACAGAUAUUGCAAGCAGGAAAACAUCACACUGUUUACAGUUUCGCAUCGUCGUUCUCUUUGGAAGCACCACGAGUACUAUUUACACAUGGACGGUCGAGGGAGUUACGAGUUUAAGCCGAUCGAACUUGACACAAUAGAAUUCGGAUCGUGAAUUCUUGUGUCCCUUGCACACGCAAGAACGCGUCUGCAUGCAAGGGACAUGUAAUUUAGCCUAUUCAAACUUUAACGUUAAACAAAAUUUAAAUAAUCGCACAAAGACUAGUAAUUAUUUAUAGAUUAGCUGCUCCUUUUGUGAGUGUAAAAUAUACAGUGUAUAAUAUACAAGAUAUAUCUAAAGAAUGUGACAUAUGAUGGAGUAAAACCCACGUGGCUAUUCUCAGCGCGUCACUAAUUCUUUCAUAUAAGUAUUUGAACUUGCGAUGCACAGUAAUAUAUUUUUCUAUCAAUGUUUUUAUAGAGAUACAAUAAUAUAAUUCCGAAAUUUUUGCACAACGAGCUUAGAAUGUAUAUGAUACUUUCGACUCUCUGAUCCUUACAAUAUAGAGAUCUUUACAGUGUAA